UUUCACCGCCUUUUUUUUUUCUUUCGAUAACAUAUGUUAGCUAGAAGAAACUUAAAAACUUAACCUUUUGGGUGAGCAGAGAACAUUUUAACUAGGAUGGUUUCCGUCUGUUGAGUCUAAUACUCCUCCGACUCAAUUUUUGUGGCACUUUUCGUUUCUGGAGAGUCAAUUUGAUUAAUAUUUAAAGCUAAAUUGAAUUAGAUUAGCUCAGGAUUUUAAAAGUAAAAAAAAUUAGAUAUUCAAAAAUUAUGCGGAAAGUAUUUUAAGUUGCAAAUUUUGGCCGUGUCAGUAUGAUGAGAAUUGAGAAAUACAAUUUAAAAUGUUGGUCAAAAGUCAUAUAGUUAGGAUCUCGUGAAGCGAAAAGUGCCGCAGGAUUUAGGAACUAGUUGGCUAAUUAAGAUUUCUAUGUAUAUCUUUUGGGUCAUGUUUUGUUUCUUGAAGUACCAAAUACAAGGGAAAGCCCAAUAAACAAUGAAAAUGUCGAGGGCAGUUUCUCAAAAGUUUGUAUUGAUGUGUAGGGUGUUAAAUUUGAAUCUGGUAGCUUAGAUGAAAUAGAAGUGAAAAGAGGUGGAGUUAGAGGUAUAUCCAGGAUUUAGAGUCAGUAGUUUCGGAGUCAGUGUGAUCUAUUUUAAAACAUACACAUUUUUUUGCUCGCGUUUAUGUGGUCUAAGCGGAAAGCAAUAUGUUCAAUUGAACUCACCGGGAAGAGCUAGAUCUGCCUCAGAAAUGGAGGGGGAGGAAGUAAAUAGGGGGAGACAAAAAAGGUACUAGUUUGGAGCUCUCCAGCUGCAUAGCUACUAAAAAAAGCUUAUAACUUGCUUUAAGACCAUUCAACCUUUAAUGACAAGUUUAAUGUAGCUUCUCAAACUUUUGAGCAAUUCGACAUGUUAUUGUAAAGUCAUUAGCGAGGAAAGGGUUAGAACAGACUCUAUUUUCUACAUAAAAGCAGGCUACUUGGGGGUCCUAAGUCGUAACAUCCUAUGGAGAAUUUGUACCAAACACUUCGGCUUAAAGGAAAUGAGCAACAACAAAAUGAGAAUAUGAGGUGCCUCGGCCAACCCCAUUUAGGAAGAAACUGCAUCCAGGAUGUUACAGGUGUGCUUUGAGCCCCCUUAUUUCAUAAGUUAAAGAAAACUUUCCGACUUUUCUGCUACACAAGAAAAAAUAUAUAAGGUUAUUACAGACCCGCAAAGUAAGCCAGGACAGAAUCUGGAUCACAUUGCUGCGAUUUGUUGUCCAAAAGUAGGUAAUUUGAGGUAAAAGACCGUCUUUGAAACUGGAACUCUGGAAGCAGAAAGUGAAUCUGCAUAACAGACGACAUGGAGUUAACAUUGAUUCAUCAUGGCAAAAUACUUGAUGCACAGAUUUUUGAAUAAAUCAAAACUCCAAAAAGACAAUAAACCCAAGCAGGGAGCUAAGUCUUAUAGCCGCGGGAUAAAUUGUGUUUGAACUGAAUUUGAUCCCAAAGGGGAUGGGCUAGUGCUUGAGGUAUUGGAGUAAAGAGGAAGCACCAAUAUGUGGGGUAACAUGAUUCAAAAUCGAAUCAACUUUCUUGAAAAUAGUUACUUUGUAUUUUUAAGAUCAAAAGGGUUCUACUGAUUAAUGAACUGGAAAUGGAUAGUCAUGAAUGGUUAGUGAUUAAGCAAGGGCUUCUCGGUCCUUAAAUCAGAUAAUCAUUGUGAUACGGGGAGUUUGUGGAGCAGUAUGGCUUUCUACCUGUUCAGUGUGCAUGUUCCUUUAAGUUUUGGCGGCUUGUCUGCUGUUACCAGCAUAUUGCAUCGUUCAGCUCUUGAUCCACAGACCGAGGCAUUGUCCUUAGUUGUACUUCAGACGUUAGAGCUUAUCAGCGUUCUGUUUCUUUUAAGACGUGCUGGGAAGUCCCAAUACAAGCUUCGUGAUUUCUUUCAAGAGAAACAAUCAACCAGAGAAAGGAACUGGUUACUUGCGUCAGUUCUUGGCUUCGGGUUCCUGGUAAUUCUGGUUUUCGUGACAUCAGCUAUUGCUGACACGUUGAUAGGUACUAAGGACGUCAACAAUCCAAUCUUGAAAGAAAUUCUUUCGAGUGGUCCAAUAUCGAUAACAUCAUGCAUCCUGGUCUACUGUGUCAUCACCCCCUUGCUAGAAGAAGUUGUCUACAGAGGGUUUUUCUUGACUGCUCUUUCCUCCACAAUGAAGUGGCAGCAAGCAGUGAUUGUUAGCUCAGUUGUUUUUAGUGCAGCUCACUUCUCUAAUGAAAAUUUCAUACAAUUGUUCAUCAUAGGUUUAAUCCUUGGAUGCUCUUAUUGCUGGAGUGGAAACUUAAGGUCUUCUAUUGUAAUUCAUUCACUAUACAAUGCUUUAACCUUACUAAUAACAUAUGCAUCAUGAGUUGUUGCU